AUGGCAUCCAUAUUUACCUUCGAUCCAGACCCGCCGAAGGUAUCGUCGCCUUGGAUCCCCCCGGCUGACCCUAUGAAGCCAUCUAUGUCGGGCUCUUCGCAAAAAGAAGAAGAUAACGGCAGGCAUGAGUUGCUAUCAGACUACGGUGUCACCAAAUUAGAAGCAGAACCUCAAGAAGGGCCUACUGAGUAUAAGUUGCAUCUACUAUUGCGGCCGAGGAGGGCCUUUACAUACAUGUCAACCCGCAUCAAAGACAUAAAAUCGAAUACGGGUACACCUGCAAUUGGAACAUCUGGGAAAACAAUUCUUUCAACAAAUAUUGUUGCUCCCCAGACUCGACAGCAGCGUCUCCAACAUCUGACGACACAGCUUCUCUGGAGGAUGCAGCAGUCUUCACCCUACCACGCGGCGCGAACCAAAGAGUUGGUGGUUCCGCAUUGGCCUGAUGGUAAUGCAGACUUGAAUUCCGCCAUUCAACUUGCUGCUUUAAUCCCAGGCUUGGAAGAGUCGGGUGGUGCUUUGUAUGAAAUCGGCGUGUCCGACGACGGAACGCUCGUAGGACUUACAGAGGACGAGAUGGAUGAGAGCCUACUUACUUUGAGAAUAAUGGCCGCUAGCCUAGGCUGCACGGUCGAGGUCAUGCGCAUGGUCAUCGUUGGUGAAUGCGAAUGGAUGGAGUCUGUUGAUCUUGUUGACGAGGGUGACGACGCCGUUCGCCAGGUCUCCAAGAAAGAUAAGCUAUGGGUAGCAGAGGCCAUGGUUACUCCAUCCUUCAAGCAGCAUGAUACUGCAGAGUUUGCCGAGAAUAGGUGGCAAAGAUCCAAUGCCAGAAACCAGCAACAGCACCAAAGCCUUGCAAUCACCAGCCGUGGCAGAUCUACAACUUCACAGUUGAGGGUGACCCUUACGGGCCCUACCACUUCUGGGAAGUCUAGCUUGCUCGGUACUCUCUCUACGGGAACCUUGGAUAAUGGUAGAGGCAAAAGCAGGUUGAGUCUCUUGAAGCACCGCCACGAAAUGGCCUCUGGCGUAACCAGCUCCAUUGCGCAAGAACUUGUGGGGUACAAAGACGGUACGAUUCUCAAUUUUUCUCGUCCGGAUAUAGAAUCGUGGAUAGAUAUUCAUGAUCAGGCGCAAGACGGUAGGCUUUUGUUUGUGUCUGACUCUGGUGGACAUCCUCGGUAUCGUCGAACUGUGCUUCGAGGCCUCAUGAACUGGGCGCCGCAUUGGAGCAUUCUCUGCAUCGCAGCAGAUGAUUCUGAGCAGACCUCAACCGCCUACGGUCUUGUUGGCCAGCAAAACAAUAGCGUGGAAUUACCAUGCGUCGACCUCGUCAUGGCACAUCUCACGCUAUCUCUCAAGUUGGACGUUCCCAUGGCCAUCGUCAUCACAAAAAUGGACUUGGCCUCCAAGUCCGGGCUUCAAACGACGCUUGCCAAAGUUUUAAGCGCGAUGAAGGAAGCUGGAAGAGCACCGAAAAUUCUGCAGCCAGACCAGAAAGAGCACAGGGAGCUGGUCAAUAUCCCCAUGAGCGACAAGUUAAAGGUCGGCCCAGUUAUCGAAGCAAUGAAAACCGCCGACGGUUUGACUAAGAUUGUACCAAUUGUGCUCACUAGCGCAAUGACCGGCUCCGGCAUAGGCCUGGUUCACGCUCUGUUGGAAAGCCUGCCACUGCCACCUCCGCCUACACCACACGACUUUGUGGGCGCCGUGCUGAAUCCUGAACAGCCCAAGUCGCUUUUUCAUAUCGAUGAUACUUAUAACCUGCCUAUUUCUCAGGGAAGCUCGGCUACAGAGAACGGAACUGCACAGAAUGGUCUCGUUGUUUCGGGGCAUCUGAGAUUCGGCAGUUUGACGGUUGGAGAGAGAAUCGUGGUCGGCCCGUUUCCAUAUGAAGACGAAGAUGGAAAAGUAUCUGUCCCAGCGGAUCGACCGUCACCAAGCAGUUUUGGCUUGUCGAUAUCUCACCCAGCUUCAGCAGAGCUGGCAAGAAUUGCCAUGAAGAAUGCCAUCUCCGCGUCGGAGAUUGCCGGCGAAUGGCUAAAAGCUGAGGUCGUUAGUCUUCGAAAUUUGCGCCUUCCAGUAACAACUCUAGAGGCAGGUCAGGCGGGUUCCAUUGGCCUAAUCUUGGAUAGGGGCAAGGACCAUGCACCCAGAAACAUGCCGCGAAUUCGCCGCGGCAUGGUGCUGGCCGUGCCAUCAAAGCACAUGCUAGAUACCGGUCUCUCUUUACAGGCCGCAAGCGGGUUCACCGCUGUGUUCAACGAACUCGACUCAAACACCCUUGCCAUCGGUGCCCUCGUCAACGUGUAUGUUGCCAGUAUUCGGGCCGCCGCUCGCAUUUCAAAGAUUCAGUAUACUGAUCUUCAUGCGCCUGGUCAAGAGUCCGGAAAUACUGCAACGGACGAACUUGGAGUGUUUAAUUUGAACGACGAGAUGGAAACGGUAGCCGCACGAGACUCAGAGGACACUUGCGCGACUGAAGUGACAUUGGAGCUGUUGCAUACCCGAGAGUGGAUUGAAAUGGGGUCGCGCAUAAUUCUGCUAGAAGGUGGUAAAAAGGAUAGAUCGGGCCUAGAGGGGAAUAUUGGAAAGGUGGUUGAAAUUGUCGACUAA